UUUGCUGCGCUUUUCCCACGAGCGCAGCGGCAGCAGCAGCAGAAAAGGCCAAAUCCACACUCCCACUCCCCUUGCUCCUUCCUUGCUCUGCUUCCUGCUCUCCAAUCUCCGUCCCGCACGCUCCGCCCGGCCCGCAGAUCACCGCCCACCCCCGUUUCCCCCAAAUCCAUCCUCCCGCCGAGCGUCGGAGCAGAAGGAGCCGGAAUGGGCGGCCCGCUGGGCGCCAUCAUCGGCCGCUACCCCUCGGCCGCGGCCGCCGGCGGCCCCGGGGGAGACGACGCCGACCACCCGGGCGGCGGCGGCGGGGGCACGGCCAGCCUGGGCAUUAUCCGGCACGACCGGCGCUGCCGCGACCUGGCCUUCCUCGUCCUCUUCGCCGCCUUCUGGGUCGCCAUGAUCGUCAACUCCAGCUUCGCAUUCAACCAGGGCAACCCGCUCAGGCUGACAUACGAGCUGGACUACAAAGGGAACGUCUGUGGCGACAGGCACGGCGACCCGGACGUGCACGAGCUUGAGGUCAGGUACUGGUUGGACCCGAACCAGGUGUACCAAAGUGGAGUCAAGGGCAGCAAGGCUAACCUGGCCGACGCCAAGGCCAUCUGCCUCAUGGAGUGCCCAACUCCGGCACCGGAUGGGCUAAACUUUGUCUGUGAUUACCCGGAAGGGGAUGUCAGGCUCUCAGUUGAUGAUUGGAUCAAUAGGGACUAUAACUACUUCGAUGUUCUAACACCUGACAUGAGGAACAGCUCCCUUCAGCUUCAGGGCCCGUGCUACCCUGUCAUAUUCCCUAGCGUAAACGUCUAUUGGAGCUGCCAAUAUAUUGCCCGGGCAUCCAAUGUUUCUUUGACGCACUGGCAACAGAUGGGUGGUGUAAACAUUGAACAAAAUAUGCUUAUAGAUAAAACAAUCCACAAGGCCAUUGAUGCCAGAUCUGCAGUUCUCAAGAGAUAUGUUGCGGACAUUGGGAAGUCUUGGCCUGUCCUAAUCGUGUGUGGUGCACUCCUUCCUCUUUUCUUGUCAGUGAUCUGGUUGCUCAUGAUUCGUUAUUUUGUUGCUGCAAUGACAUGGAUAACAGUAGUGCUCUUCAAUGCCCUUAUAGUAUCUGUUACCAUGUUUUGUUACAUCAAAGCUGGCUGGCUCGGAAAUGACCCCUUAACGGUUGUUAUUGGUGAAAGUGAUCCAUACGUCCACAUAAGCGGGCGGGAAAUAAGCCAUCUUCAUGUUGCCACAGUGCUGAUGACAGUAAUAAUGAUCAUUGCUUUUCUGUCCUCAAUAGCUAUUGUCCGGCGUAUACUGAUAGCCACACCUGUCCUGAAGGUUGCUGCAAAGGUCAUUGGUGAAGUUCAGGCACUGAUAGUUUUCCCAGUUGUGCCGUACUUUAUCCUCGCUAUCUUUUAUAUGUUCUGGUUUUCUGCCACACUCCACCUCUUCAGCUCUGGUCAAGUUGUCCGAAAUGACUGCAGUACAGACUGUUGCUCAUAUGAUCUGAAGUUGGGCAAAGUGAACUGUGACAACUGUUGUGGGUACAGCAUCCACUACACCCCUCAUAUCGGCAUUGCCAUUCUUUUCCACUUAUUUGGAUGCUACUGGGCUACUCAAUUCUUUAUGGCAUGCUCUGCAACUGUGGUUGCUGGAUCAGUCGCUUCCUACUACUGGGCGCGUGGCGAAAUAUCUCAUGAUAUACCAUUUUUCAGUGUCGUCUCUUCGCUCAAGCGGCUGAUGCGUUACAACCUUGGAUCUGCUGCCAUAGGCUCGCUUGUUGUGUCAGCUGUUGAGUGGGUUCGGUUUAUACUAGAAUGCCUUCGCCGCAAGUUGAAGCUGGUCGGUUCUGCUGGGGAGAGCUGCUUUGGGAAAGUGUCAUCGUCCUCAUCUCAGUGCUGCCGAGGCUGCAUAGACUGGACCCUCAUGUCUGUAAAUCGAAAUGCCUACAUAAUGAUUGCCAUCACUGGGAAAGGGUUCUUCAAAGCUUCGGUGCUCGCGACCGGCCUUAUAAUGAACAACAUACUGCGCAUCGGGAAGGUCAACGUGAUCGGGGACGUGAUCCUGUUCCUGGGGAAGCUGUGCGUGAGCCUCUUCUGCGCGCUCUUCGCGUUCCUCAUGCUCGACACCCACAAGUACAAGUCGGCGCACAACAAGAUAUCGUCGCCGCUGGUCCCCGUGCUGGUGACGUGGGGCCUGGGCUACACGGUGGCGAAGCUCUUCUUCGCGGUGGUGGAGAUGUCCAUCGACACCAUCAUCCUGUCCUUCUGCCAGGACGCGGAGGAGCACCAGGGGACGGCGCAGUACGCGCCGCCUCUCCUCAUGGAGACGCUGGACGAGCAGGGCGAGCUGCAGAGACUCACUCAAGGGCCCUGAAUCUCUCUCUCCCUCUCCCUCGUUUCUUUAAUUCGUCUUAGAGCUAAAGGUAGACUGGUGGUAAUUUAGUACUGUAGAAGCCUGAUGGAUCGAGAUUUCUGUAAAAGUGAUGAUCUUGGCUGGCUGGCUGGCUGGCUGCCUCCUGUACGUGUUGUUCAGCCUCAGCUUCAGCUCCCAGUAUGUACGUGUCUGAUGUGUCGCCCCUGAUUGGCAAGUGUUGUGAACGAGUA